GUAAUUACCUACAUAAGCGUUAUCUUAGCGCCAUGUUAGCGUUUCUUCUAGUACUUUCUUGUUUAUCUUAUUUAUCAAGCAAACUGGCGGAGCUGCAGAGUUCCAAAGGUGAAACGUUCGUCAUUGAAACCGGUUACCCGAAGGGGGGGUGUUUCUAUUUGUUGCAUGUUGUUGCAUAUGUUUCUUACUUCUUACAUACUUUUACUACUAGUACAUACCCUCUACCGUACUUCUUACUCCCAUUUCGAACACGAGAGCCUCGAAUCCAAUUCCCACCUUUUGUUAGAUCUUGAUUUUCAUCUUUAGGGCUACUACUUUGCUCAUCCAUGGAUGUGAUGUUCAUCUAUGAAUAUCAUUAACCUAUCUAGUAUUUACCUAUUCUAUCCCCUAAUUGCCUAAUCACAAUCAAGAAUCCUGCCUCGUCUCCUAAGCGUCCCCCAACCUUUCCCUGCAAGAAAUCCAGUCCUAGAUUCGCACGAUGUCGUUAAC